CAACAUUUCUCCCUCUGGGAACCUCAGAAGCUCCCAGCAGACCCUCUAUCCUCCUGCAGCUGCUCCCGCAGGAUGAAGAUCUUCAUGGCUGCCAUCUCCCUCCUCCUCUUCCUCCUCCUGUUCAUCACUGUUGUCCUAGGGACCAAGGCUGAGUCUUCACGAGGACCCUACCACCCCACGGACUGCUGCUUCUCCUACAUGGCACACUCCGUCCCCCACCGCUGGAUUCGGGAUUACUACAAGACCAGCAGCGAGUGUCCCAAGUCCGGCAUUGUCUUCAUCACCAAGAAGGGCCAUCCGAUCUGUGCCAACCCCAGAGAUGAGUGGGUUCGGGACUACAUCAAGGACCUGGAGGAGAGCUGAGAGAUGCAGGCGCAUGGUGAAGGGCACAGCUCAGCUAUCUGAUGAGAAAAAGACAAAGUCUCCCUCCACCCCCACCCUCAGCUACAGCCAACCCCCUGGGAGCUGCCCUGUCCUGAAUUAAAACCCAUUCGUGCUUUCUCA